AGUGACUUGAAAAAAAUUCGAGUUGAGGAUUUAUUCAACUUAGGGACGUUCGACUUAGCGUUGUUCAACUGCUAUUUGCUAUGCUAUUUCUCGGAAUUUCCCUUGAUAUGUGUCAAGGUUUUGCGUGAUGCUCAAUGUGUGAUCCACUCCCAUUCCAAGGCUGCUGUUAUGGCGACCCUGUUGUAUCCUGGGGACGAGUUCACCAUCACGGGUAUGGAAAUGAUAAAAUACAGUAUUAAUUUUCGUCCGACGAAAGCUGAGUUCGUUCUUUGUGUGAGCUUUCGUCUCCGCGACAAGAGGAAAGGUGUGUUUAUGCGGAAGCUCCCGCGGGAAUCCGGACGUGGUUACCCGAUCGCCUGUCUUGUCUCGCAUCAUGGUUUUGUAUGCCGGGUCACGCUUCGGUUCCGGGUAUUUCAUUUCGGGUACAAGGAGGGCGGCGACGACGACGACGUCGACGGCGGCGACGAAGGCAUCUGGGAUCCGCAAAGGAAGAAGAAUUGGGACUACGACGAUACGUUACGCGUUCCGAUAAUCGAAAAUACGCGACGGGAGCACCAACUAACUGAUUCCAUGAGGAGAGAGAUCAUUGACUGUCCAUGGGCCAGUGCUGUCCUCGUGCGUCGCCACGGAUUCUACGUGUGGGGACCCUCGUGGAAGUCCGCCAAGGCCAUAGAUGCUGGAGACGAUGAAGAUAAAGAGCGCGUCGUAAAUCUUAUGAAAUUA